AUGACACAAGAGUCCUUUUCUUCCAUAUCUCAAGGGACCGUAGGUCCUGUUCGAGGCCUGCUACGUGCUAAGAUGUUGGCGCCUGCAAAGCAGCGUAACACCAAAAAUGUAUAUUUUCCUCAAGUUCGUCGCCUCCUAGGAGUUUUGUUCCUGUUUUGCUUGUCUUCCACAUUCUAUGUUGGGACGUCUUCCGAGGCUCCCCACGCGGUCCUCGCCUCUGCUCCAGCAGAGGCUCCGGAGAAGACUGAAGAAACCGAGACGCGCACGGGAGGCGUCGAGCUGGAGAUCCACCAACAUGCAGAUGAGUUGUCCGACUACGAGAGAGAUGAAAAGCAACAGAGCAAGGAGGAAGCUACGGAACGCACGUCUCUUGAGUUUCUCGGACCAAAAGAGACGAGGACGAUUGCACAGAAGAAAGAGGCUGGAAACGCAGGUCAAGGUAAUGAAGGAGAAGCAACAGCACCCCUAAAUUCCCAGGUAGCGGCGCUUAGCCCAAACAGUUCGGCUUCCGCCUCGCCGACGAAUCAGGCAAAUGAAGAGAAAGUGGCUUUUAUCCUGGACCAGCUUCUCACUCCAGAGCAGAAAACGCAGCUGCCAGCCGACUAUCUCGAGGCGCUUCGGUCAUACCUCUCUGGUCUUCGUAACGAAGAAAUCGAACAGUUGCUCGCCUACGACGCUGCAAUACGAGCAAAAGCCAGAGAAGAUGCACUGACACAACAUUUUAGUUCUGAACUCUCAAAUCAAGAGAGCAGAGACCCUCGCGUAGCGUAUGAGCCUGACGUUCGGCAGUCUGUUCCCCCCCCUCCCCCUCAAGACGCAAGUGCAGCCUUUGCUUCACAUUCUCCGACCGCUAUUGGAAGCGACAGCGGCGCCUCUGUCGCAGUUGACUCUGCACGUCCACUUCUUGCGACUUAUUCUCCACUUUUCAACUCCACCUGGGUUGAUGUGAACGGUCCUUCCACACCUGUGCCUCAAAUGCAUGUGCCAGGUGGAUCUCACAAUAUGGGGACGCCUCCCUUCACUCCGAUUUCUCCCCUCCCGGCAACCUCUUCGUACGGUGCUUUCUUUCCAGCGGGCCAGAACGACAGAUCUUGGGCAGAUAUGUAUUCCUCUGCUCCCACCCCGUUCGCUGCCGCUCCCGCACCACCCCAAACUGAAUCGCCAACCGCCCAAGUUCCAGCGCUGCUUCAGCCGCUUGAGUUGCAGCCUCUCGUGCCGCUGCAGUUAGGGCCGGUCGCGUUGCAGCUUUCUCCGAACCUGCUGUUCGGGAGUGGAUACUCCCGAACUUCGAGUUUUCCGACGCAGACCCCGCCACCCGUGCGGAAUGCGGCACUGCUCAGUCCUCUCACAGGCGUGGUUGACGGCGUCCUCCGCGCAGCGACGACCGGCGUGGUUGCACCAGCUGUGGCGAACGCGGGGGUGCUGCUGAACAAUGCGAAUCAGAUCAGUGCGCGUGUUCAGGAAGGAAGCGAACAGGCUUCGCAGUUCAUCGAAGGGUUCACAGCCUACAGACACAGCAACCCCGAUGACCCGUUAGCGAAGCUUGUGAAUGUUCUCGAAGAGGCGGCGACGUCACUCAGCGCAAAGGGCGGACUUGAGGCAGAAGCCGUUGGAAUGCAACACCAGACAGAUGGAACGCUCGUCGAAGGUCAGGAGGCAGAGUCGAGACACGAAAAAGGACCUCGGCAGAAAAACGGGCGCUCCGCUUCGAGCAGCGCACUGGUGCUUCUCGAGACCGGCGGAGAGGGAGAGGACCCGGGAAGUUCCGGCAGUCAGAAAGGCGCCAUGCAAGGCGUGGAGUACAAGUUGACGAACAAAGCAGACCCUUUCGAUUUUAGCCAUUUCGCAUCCGCGGCGGGAGUGAAUGAGGCCAAGCAGAAACAAGCGAAGGAAGAACAGAUGUUGAGAAACGCCAAGAAAAGCCAAGAACCUGCGGAAGUGAUAUCCAACGUCAUUGGGACGGGGUUUGACGUAGCCGUCGAUGUCCUCUCUAGACAUCAACAACAGGAACGCCAGCGGCAACAAAUGCAAAACAGCGAAGCUUGGGCUCUUCCUUAUGCGCAGAAUGCGGGAAGCGUCCAACAAAAUCCACACAAUGGAGCAGGCGAGAAACUAUAUGGCUAUACCGCAGGACCCCAGCAGUAUGGAUACCAUGCAGGGUACAGUGCAGGAGAGAACCCGUUCGGAUAUACUGCAGAGAAACAACGUAAUCGCUUUGCUCCCGCUGGACCUCAAUCGUAUGGCCCAGCGUACUCUCUCUCGCCGACGCAUGUUGCGCUAACGCAGUCUGGCGUCCCAGCGCGGAAUGCUGGUCCCGAGUAUGCAAAUGGAGUUUUUCUCCAAUAUCCCUCGCCUUCUGGGCCUCUGACCACUUCUUCCGGAAAUUAUGCUUACCCACUAAUGUCCGCAUACGCGCCGCACCCCACAAGCGGCAUGAGUGCUUGGUGA